AUGACGCACCCGCGCCGCUUGCGCGAGACCGAGGGCGGCGCGCGCUUUGUGAGCUUCGCCGCGCCGCGCCGCCCGGUGAGGCAACCCGCAGCCCCUGCCGGCGGCGAGGGCCGGCCAAAGGUGUUCGCGCGCGAGAUAGGCGGAGUUGCGGUUUCUGGACGCUCGCAUAACCUGACUUCAUGAAGACGUGGGGGGCUAUCGCGCCCUGGAGAUUACUUCAGCCUUUUCCCACCUGCCGCAGAAAGACCGCUGCGCGCGAGCAUUAGCCUGCUGCCACGGCAAUCGCCCACGCUGCUUGCAGACAUGGCACGCGAGUCGCCGGCCGACAGCCCGGUGCUGACGCGGCGCGGCGGCAGCGACAUCAACCACCUGAACAACCACCACCAUCACCACCACCACCCGGCGGGCGCGCUGCAGCUGGACCCCGCGCGCCACGAGGCCUUCCAGCAGCAGAUCCUGCAGGUGGGCGCCCGGCGCAGCGCCGCCCCGCGCGCGCGGCCGCCAGCGCCGCGCCCGCCUCCGCCUCCGCCUCGCGAGCGCGAAGGCCCGAUCUUUGCCCGGCCUAAGAAUGAUCUUGAGCUGAAGAAGCAACAGCAGCUACAACAGCAAAUACUCCUACAGCACUUCCAGCAACAGCAAGCGCAACUGGCUGAGCAACAUGAACAGCAGUUACGACAUCACCUGAAGGUUUGGGAGCAGAAACAGUUGGAGGAAGAGAAAGAACGUCAGGAAAAGGCACGUCUGGAAGCAAUCAAGAAGAAAGACAAAAAUCAAGAAAGUGCGGUUGCAUCAACAGAAGUGAAAAUAAAACUCCAGGGUUUCCUGUUAAACAAAAAGCAACGGGAACAACAAGCUGCUGCUGGGGCAGGGAGUCUCAGUGCCCCAGGGAACUCCACAGCUUUUCGCAACUGGAGUGUAUUACAACCACCAGUGCAAGGAAGUGAUGCCAGUCCAUCUGAGCCAAGUCUCUCCACACCUCAUCCAUAUCGCAUGCCUAUUUUAGGGAAGUACAACGAGGAUUUCCCUUUGAGGAAAACAGCCUCCGAGCCCAACCUGCUCAAGGUGCGCCUGAAGCAAAGGGUGAUAGAGAGGCGCUCCAGCCCUAUUGCCAAGCGCAAAGACAGAGUGCUCGCCAACUUGAAGAGGAAAUCACAACUUGCAACAGAUACGUCCAGCAGUAAUCCAGACUCAGGACCCAAUUCCCCUCCAAGUGUUGUGGCAGCACAGGCCUCUCCCACUGCUGGUCGCAACACUCCUAUUCAGGAGGAAGGUGAAGUUUCACCGUAUGGCCCACUUGCAUCAAGUAGUCAACAAGGAUCCAUAAGUGAUCUUUCAUUGUAUAGCAGUCCUUCCAUGCCAAACAUCUCUUUGGGUCGUCCCCCAGUUCAUUCAAGUUCGUCUUCUGAAGGUAAAUUGGCUCCAGAAUCGGAGGCAGAAGUUCGAGCAGCUUUCACUGCACGUUUUGGCAUGCCUCUCACAGGCCAAAUGUUGCCUGGUACUUUGCCGUUUUACCCAACUUUACCAGUCAUAGAUGGAGAAUACAGUAAUCCAAGUUCUCCAAGCUAUAUUCACAAGCAAAUGCAGUCUCUCGAGCAGGGUCAUCCUCGCCCAUCAAGUGGUGUUUGUGUGUACCCUGGCACACCCAUAACAGAUACCCAGGUGGCACAUGCACGCCUGAACAAAAGGCCUUUGGGUCGCACACAGUCUGCUCCUUUGCCUUUGGGCCAUCCUAUGCUGGCAGGUUCCAGUGGCUCAACAGCUGCAAGUGGGGGUUUCAGUCUUGCAACCACUCAUGAAGAUUAUAUUCAGCAAGAGAAGCAUAGCUAUGAGCAACAGCAGCAGCAACAAGCACAUAAUUUCCUUAAGCAGCAAAUUCGUCAGACAGUCUUGACUCGUGCUGGGACUAGAGGACAACCUGCCAGUGUGAUGCUUGAUGAAACCCAUGAGAAUGAGGAUACUGCUGAAGUUAUUGAUCUGACUGACCGCAAAGGAGAAGAAAGUGAAAUUUCCAAACAACAAAGGGACAGAGAACAAUUUUUGCAACAGCAAAGAGAUUUAAUGAUGCGACAUACUCUACAAGUUAGUGAAGGGUCAGCAUUCAGUCCUCGAACAUCACAUAUUGCACGACCACUCUCUCGUGCACUCUCCAGUCCCCUUGUGGCUUUAGCUGCGUCUGAAGGAGGCAAAGUCUCAUCCAGUGGUCCUCAUCGUUUUACCACCGGCUUGGCAUUUGAUAGCUUGAUGCUGAAACAUGCAUGCAUCUGUGGUGAUAAUUCAAGUCACCCUGAACACGGGGGACGAUUGCAGAGUGUGUGGGCCAGACUUGUGGAAACAGGUCUUGUAACACGUUGUGAACGUGUGAGGUCUCGUAAAGCAACUCUUGAAGAACUUCAGUCGUGUCACUCAGAAGCUUAUGCUCUUUUAUUUGGCACCAAUCCACUCAAUAGACAGAAGUUGGCACAUUUACCUCUAAAAAGUUUUGUUCGUUUACCCUGUGGAGGCAUUGGAGUGGAUUCUGACACCACUUGGAAUGAUUUGCAUACCGCGCCUGCAGCUCGCAUGGCAGUAGGCUGUGUGGUGGAGCUGGCUCUCAAAGCUGCUACUGGAGAAAUCAAAAAUGGGUUUGCUGUUGUAAGACCUCCUGGCCAUCAUGCAGAACAGUCGCAGGCAAUGGGUUUCUGUUUCUUUAAUUCUGUAGCAAUUGCUGCAAGACAAUUGCAACAACGUCUCGAUGAUGUACACCAUGGUAACGGAACUCAGCAAAUGUUCUACGAUGAUCCUCGUGUCUUGUACCUUUCCAUACAUCGUCAUGAUGAUGGAAAUUUCUUUCCUGGGACAGGAGGACCAAUGGAAUGUGGUGCUGGUGAUGGUCUGGGGACCAAUGUCAAUGUGGCUUGGUCUGGUGGACUUGCUCCUCCAAUAGGAGAUGCUGAGUACCUUGCUGCAUUUCGCACUAUUGUUAUGCCAAUAGGAAAGGAGUUUGCCCCUGACAUUGUUCUUGUGUCAGCUGGAUUUGAUGCAGCUGCAGGGCAUGCUGCUCCUCUUGGAGGAUAUAAAGUCUCUCCAGCCUGCUUUGGACACAUGACACAGCAAUUAUUGCAGUUAGCAGAUGGAAAAGUAAUCCUGUCUCUUGAAGGAGGAUACGACUUGCCCUCCAUCUGUGAUUCAGCACAGGAGUGUGUUCGAGCUCUGUUAGGUGAUGAUCCUAGCCCUCUUCGUGAAGAAGAACUUUGCAGACCACCAUGCCAAAAUGCUAUUGACACACUUCAGAAGACAAUUGCUAUUCAGUUGCAUCACUGGCCUUGCAUUAAAAGAACAGCUCACAUGGUUAUGAUGUCUGCUCUUGAAGCUUCUCAAAAGGAAAAAGAAGAAUCUGAAACUGUUACAGCAAUGGCAAGCCUCUCCAUGCAGCAACAGUCAAACAGUCUCCAGUAA